AUGGCCCGCCCGGCCCGGGGACCUCGGCGGGCCGACUGGCCCGCCCGCAACCCCGGGGACCUCGGCGGGCCCAAUGGCCCGCCCGCCCGCCCCGGGGACCUCGGCAGGCGACUGGCCAGCCGGCCCCGGGGACGGGCGGGGGCCGACUGGCCCGCCGGCCCCGGGGACCUCGGCGGGGCCCAGUGGCCCGCCCGCCCCGGUGACCUCGGCGGGCCCAGUGGCCCGCCCGCCCCGGGGACCUCGGCGGGCCCAGUGGCCCGCCGCCCCGGAGACCUCGGCGGGCCCAGUGGCCCGCCCCGCCCCAGGGGACCUCGACGGGCCGACUGGCCCGCCCCGCCCCGGGGACCUCGGCGGGCCGACUGGCCCGCCCGCCCCGGGGACCUCGGGCGGGCCGACUGGCCCGCCCGCCCCGGGGACCUCGGCGGGCCCGAUCGCCCCAGGGACCUCGGCGGGCCGACUGUCCCCGCCCGCCCCGGGGACCUCGGCGGGCCCAGUGGCCCGCUCGCCCCGGGGGGGACCUCGGCGGGCCCAGUGCGGGCCCAGUGGUCCACCCGCCCCGGGGACCUCAGCGGGCCGACUGGCCUGCCCGCCCCGGGGACCUCGGCGGGCCGACUGGCCCGCCCGCCCCGGGGACCUCGGCGGGCCGACUGGCCCGCCCACCUCGGGACCUCGGCAGGCCGACUGGCCGCCCGCCCCGGGGACCUCGGCGGGCCGACUGGCCCGCCCGCCCCGGGGACCUCGCGGGCCGACUGGCCCGGCCCGCCCCGCCCCGGGACCUCGGCGGGCCCAGUGGCCCGCCCGCCCUCGGGAACCUUGGCAGGCCGACUGGCCCGCCCGCCCCGGGGACCCUCGGCGGGCCGACUGGCCCGCCCGCCCCGGGGACCUCGGCGGGCCGACUGGCCCGCCAGCCCCGGGGACCUCGGCGGGCCGACUGGCCCGCCAGCCCCAGGGACCUCGGCGAGCCCAUGGCCCGCCCACCCCGCCCCGGGGGACCUCGGCGGGCCGACUGGCCCGCCAGCCCCGGGGACCUCGGCGGGCCGACUGGCCCGCCAGCACCGGGACCUGGCGGGCCCAGUGGCCCGCCCGCCCCGGGGACCUCAGCGGGCCCUGUGGCCCGCCCGCCCAGGGGACCUCGGCGGGCUGACUGCCCGCCCGCCCCGGGGACCUCGGCGGGCCCAGUGGCCCGCCCGCCCCGGGGCACCUCAGCGGGCCCAGUGGUCGCCCGCCCGGGGACCUCGGCGGGGCUGCCACGGCCCGGCCGUCCCGCGUACCUCGCGGGCACUGGCCCGCGCCCCGGGGAGGAACCUCCUGGCGCCCCGACUGGCCCACUCCCCGCCACGGGAACUCGGCGUGCCUCCUGCCCGCCCGCGACCGGGGACCUCGGCGUGCCUCCUGGCCCGCCCGCGCCCGGGGACCUCCCGGCCCCGGGUGGGCCUCCUGGGCCUGCCCGGCCCCGGGGUAACUCGGCGGGUACCCCUGGCCCGGCCCGCCCGCCCCAGGGGACCCGGCCCGGGCCGGGGACCUGGACCCGCCCGCCCCGGGGACUCGGCGGUCUCCGGGCCCGCCCUGCCCCGAUGGGUCCUCUGCAAGCCUCCUGGCCCGCCCGCCCCGGGGACCUCGGCGAGCCUCCAUGGCCCGCCCGCCCCGGGGAUCUCGUCUCCUCCUGGCUCGCCCGCCCUAGGCGGUUUCGGCGGGCUUCCCCGCCCCCGUCCCUGCAUAUACUUACCCUUUGCUUAG